AUGUCUCUCCUUCAACGUGUCGUAAGGCGACCACCCGCCCUCAACGCAUGGUAUCCAGCUCGGAGGUGCUAUGCUAGCGAGAGCAAGCCCGCAGCGUCGUCGUCAUCGGCUAACGAUAGCAAAAAGGACGAUGUAGAAGUUGUGUCGAAGUCAUCGUGCCCCGAGAAUACAGUCCUCGGUGGCAUCGCAUAUCUCAAAAGCCAGUCUCCAGUCUUGGCCCAAGCUGAUGAUGCGUACCCAGACUGGCUGUGGACGCUUUUAGAACCAAAGAAAUUACCUGAGGAUGGGCCCGGAGGAAAGGCUGAGAAAUACAAGCUUAGAAGGGCAAAUCGUCAACGAAUACGGGACCAAAAUUUCAUGAAGACGCAGUAA